AUGGUCUCAGAGUCGCAGCGUCCACCACUAUACACCAUUCCCAUUGACCAGCGGCCUCCCCACGGCCCUCUAUUCUCCAAAGUCUUCUUCCCGCUCGUCUUCAACGUUGCACAGAUCUGUAUCAAUUCCACACAUUUCCUGGCUUUGCCGCUCUUACUCAUUCCCUUUGGGAUCGGUCGUCGAUGGUUCAGAAAUGUCAUCGACUACACCAAGGAUGGUUACGGGAGACUCAUUAUUCUGAUUACGGUGCUCUUUGGACCAACCACCUUCGUCAUCACGAGCGACGCGCCAGUCUCCAAUCUUGUCGAGCACGACGAUCAUGGUCGCCUGAUCAGACUGGUUCUACCAGAUCGCCUUGUUAUAGUUGGUAACCAUCAGACCUACCUCGAUUGGAUGUAUAUAUGGAUACUCGCAUGCUACUCAGGGAAUGCCAGUGGGAUUAUCAUCCUUCUCAAGGCGAGUCUGAAAAAAGUGCCUGUGGUCGGCUGGGGGAUGCGAUUCUUCCGCUUCAUCUUCUUGGAGCGAUCCUGGGCGGCGGACAAGGCAAAUCUUACCAGGGCCUUACAGAAUCUGGCAAAGCAAGCUCGAUUGAAUACCCCCGAUGAGACUACGGGUCUCGUCAGGAGCCGACGCGAGCCCUUGUGGUUGCUCAUUUUCCCCGAGGGCACAAUCACCAGCGAUGAGGAACGCGCCAAAAGUGUGCGCUAUGCAAAGAAGGAGGGCGUUGACGAUUUCAAAACACUCUUGCAUCCUCGAUCUACGGGUCUCUUGUUCUGUCUCCGUACUCUGCUACCUGAGAUCCCAGAUCUUCAAAUGCUGGAUCUUACUAUCGGCUAUCCGGGAGUACCAUAUGGGAAAUACCCCCAGGAGUGGUAUGGAUUGGCGUCCACCUUCUUCCGCUCUGUGCCUCCUCCCACCGUCCACAUCCACAUGCACCUGUACAGUGACCUCGCUUCGCCGUCUGGACCUAUACCAUCACUCCACGGGGAAUCUGCAGAGAUUCCACCGAGUGAAAGUCGAGACUUUGAACUCUGGAUGAGAAAGCUGUGGACAGACAAGGAGAAGCGUAUGGAGGGAUUCUACCGUGACCAGCAUUUCGAAGGCAGUGAGGCGUUGAGCGUACCGGUCAGGCAGCUCAAAUGGUAUCACAAUAUCGCGGCCUUCGGGGCAGGGGGGAUAGUUUCUGUUGGGGCGAUUGCAGCGGUGGCAUACGGCAUAGCCAAAGUUGUGAAAUAA